AUGGGCCUCAAAAAACUUUUGGGUACUACGGUUGAAUUGAUUUCUCCCUCUGCCAAAGCCACAUAUUUUCUCGAAACAUCCAAUGUGUUCGCCAAGAUUGACUGUAUUUUAGAGCUCAUCGACGAUGCAAAAUACAAUAAAGAUGCAUUACCUUUUAUGAAGGCGUAUCUGACGGAAGUAAAGAAUGCAAUGAAUGAUCGAAGGCAUACCAUCAACGAGGAACAGGCUCAGACUUUAAUGAAAGCACUGAGAAGUUGGGAAAAGUUUCUGUUACAAUACACCAAACCUAAAAUGAAAGCAUUAUUACAGAAGCUUUCCACUACUGAUAAAAUAGGCAAGAAGAUAGAAGCUCUAUUUAAAAAUUUAGAUGCCGCUCUUAGAUCUGCUGAUAUAGAAGUAAACCUAAAAAUGUUGAAAGAACGAAUAGAGCGCAGGAUGAGUGAGCCAAUUGACUCACAGAAUACGGUCACCGUUGUUCAGCGACAAGUUCAAGCCGCAUUUAUUACAACUGCAUGCUUCCACGGUGCUCUACUGUCCGAGGAUGAAAUAGAAAAGUUAAACAUUGACCCUGAAUCGGUUACCCGUGAUCCUGACGUUCUAUAUGAUGAUUCUGUUGAUAAUAGUUGUACAAAGGUCAUAUAUCGAGAUGCUAAUCAACAUGAGGUUAGAGCUGCGAAGAUGAGAAUUGGACAAUUGGGAGAUAGCGAUAUUAAAGAAAAGCUUUCCAGGCAUUAUGUACAAGUUUACAUCAGCACAUAUUUGAAUGUCAACACCGAUUUAUUCAUGAAAAACUCUGGGAUUUUACUUGACGGUACAGAUUACUAUAUGAUCACAGAGUGGUCAGAUUUUGGAACCCUCGACAAAUUCCUUGAGGAACAUGAAGACAUUUGCUGGAGCACUAAGAUAAGAAUGGCAUCUCGUUUGGCAAGCGCAGUAGCCAUAUGCCAUAGUAAACUGGUUCUGCAUCAUGACAUUCGUUGUCACAACGUCUUUGUCGAUAGGGCGCGCAAUGUAAAAUUGGGCAACUUUGGGCGUAGUAGAAGUACAGAAGACGUUACAACGUCUCUUGAUUACGAUUUGAGUAGUAUCAGAUGGCUAUGUCCCGAAAAAGUGAAGAAUAACGAACUUGCCUACUCGAUGGAAGCAGAUGUCUACAGCUUCGGUAUGCUCAUGUGGGAAAUCUCUUCUCAUCAAAUUCCCUUUAUAGAAAAAGAUGUUGAUGAAGUAUAUUUACUGUUGAAAAAUUCUGAUGCAUCUGGCGAUGAUUCGCGCCCACGAAUUGUCGAUGGUACACCUAAGAAAUAUCAAGAAAUAAUGCAGGCAUGUUGGGAACAAGACCCUGAAAGGCGUCCGUCGAUAGAACUGGUUGUACAAAACCUCGAAAGCCUUGAAAAGGAAUACAAAACCAGCAAUUUAGAAACGGGUUCGAAUGAAUUUAUCGAACCUGCUAUCCAAUGCGACCCAAGUACUCUUACGCGUCUCAACAUCACACUCCAGACUGCACGUGAGUUACACGCUCAAAAGAGAUACAACGAAGCGUUCGCUCAAUUUGAAAUUCUUGCUGACGCUGUCGAGCCCAACGCCGAAGCAAACUACUAUGUUGGUUUAUAUCUCAUGAACAAGGACAUCGACUUUUCCCCUAAAGAUGCUGAUAAAGGGAUAAGUUAUCUGGAGACGGCGUCUAAAUUAGGGUGUGUUGAUGCUCUUCAGUACCGGGCUCAAGAGAAAAUUGCUGCAGCUAAUGUGUAUCGAAAAAUGUUUUUGGCUGCGGGGGCAAUCGAAGACGCAGACGCAAUUACGCAAAGAAUGAAAUACGAAUGUUUGCCGUUAUUUUUAAAAGGUGCGAAACUUGGUCAUUACCGUUGUAUGAAAGAUUUAGCUGAUUACGGAGCAAAACUAAACGAUGAAGAAAGCUAUAGAACGGGUGUGGAAAUGCUAGAAAAUUCUCUGGCAAAAGUGACUGAUGAUGAGGAAAGAGGAAAGUUACAGCAGUAUUUGAAAAAAUUACAACAACAUCGUAGUAGAUUUGACAACCAUUGA